AUGUUCGGGAGUAUCGGAAAAAACAAUCAAAACGAAGGGAGAGGCCUACCGUCUAGCUUGGCGGUGUCCCACUUGCAGGAAAACAAACUACGCGACCCAGUUAAGAAACCAAACGAAGAACUUGAAACACAAGAUGUACGACUUUUGUUAGUUACAAUUAACGACAAACUUGACCAACUUCUGCCUUUGAGAGAUGUAGUGAAAGGUAUUGAGGACUCAUUGCAGUUCUGGAGCGAGCAGUAUGAUGACUUGCUACGCCGGGUCGAGCAGAAUGAGCAUCAUAUCAAAGAACUCAGGCGCCGGACAGAAAAGCUUGAGACCCAGAACAGUAAUGUAAGUGAAAUGGAAGCUGAAAUCGACAAUCUGGAAUGGAGAAGCCGGCGUCUCAAUCUAGAAUUCCAUGGCAUCACGCCUACGGAAAACGAGGACUUGCUGAACAAAGUAAAUGCACUGGCGCCUGACGUUGAGCUUCCGCCCCUUCCAGACAAUGCCGUGGUAGCAAUUCAUCGUCUUCCGUCCAAGAAAGGAAAAAUAUCGGGCAUAAUUUGCCGUUUUGCAAGGCAGGCAGAUAGGGACAAGUGGUGGAAAAACAGGAAUAAACUUCGCGGCCGUGAUGAUCACGUGUACAUACUCGAGAACCUAACUAAACAAACUCGUGCUUUGCUUCAAGAAACAAAAAGCUGGGCAAGAUCUAACUUCAAGCACGCAUGGCACGGCAACGGGCGAGUUCUUGUUCGUAAAGACGAUAAGGACAAGGCUGUUGUUGUCACAUGCAUAAGCGACCUAGAUAAACUAAGCUAA